GUCUUAGCAAUUGCAAAUUUAUAAUUCGUAUUUUCCUGUUAACUUCCAUUGUGUUAAGUAACUUAUAUUAAAUAAUAAUAAUGGUGUUUUCCGAAGAUGAAAACAGUUUUAAACACAACAGCCACUCCAGUGAAAGUGUAAAUAAGAAAUUUGAAGAAAAUCGUAACAUUAAAUUAAAUAAAACAAAAGUUGACUACUGCGAAGGAAAUGGCGAAUAUGAAAGUGAAUCUUUACUUAAAGAACAAAUUAAGCCCAGUAUAGUAUCAAAAAAAAGAAAAGAGGAAGAGACAGACUCAAAACCAGAUGUUCCCAGUAUAUCAUUUUUCACCUUAUACAGAUUUGCCAGCUGUAAAGAUAUAUUCUACAUAAUUACAGCACUGCUGUGUUCCAUUGUAAGCGGAUGUAUGAUGCCGGUUACUGUGAUCUUAUUUUCAAAUAUCUCUCAAAGUAUGGUAGACUAUGAUAUCUCAUUUAAAAAGGGAACGCCAGAGGACGACGUGUUUCUGAAAUCACUGCGAUUCUUUGCAUUAUGGAAUUCUGUGGCCGGCUUGGUAUUCAUGGUUUUAUCAUAUAUCGCCACAGUAUUAAUGAACAUUGCAGCAUUUAACCAAAUAUACAAAAUAAGACAAGAAUAUUUGAAAGCAGCGUUAAAUCAAGACUUUGGAUAUGUCGAUAUGCAUCAAAUGGGAGAUUUCGCUGCAAAAAUGAGCAGUGAUGUCAUAAAAUUAGAAGACGGUAUCGGCGAAAAAGUGGCAACUAGUGUUUUCUAUCUAUCGUGCUCUCUUAGUUCCAUAAUCACAGCUCUAAUAUUGGGUUGGAAGCUGGCAUUGUUAUGUUUGAUAUCAUUUCCUGUCACAUUUGGUCUACUUGGAAUUUCGGGAUGGUUAUCAUCCAGAUUAUCCAAAGACGAAGCUUUGGCAUCGGGUAAAGCUGGUGCUGUAGCCGAAGAAGUUUUAUCUUCAAUCCGUACAGUGUACGCAUUCAGCGGGCAACAGAAAGAAAUGGAAAGAUACGAAAUUCAUCUAAAUAAUGUUAGAAAAAUUAACAUUAAGAAAGGUUUUUACAAUGGCCUGUCGAUGGGAAUACUAUUCUUCUGUAUAUUCGGCUCAUAUGCUCUCUCUUUCUGGUUUGGAUACAAGUUAACUGUGGAUGAGCCGGAUAUAUACAACGUGGCUACCAUGAUUGCCGUAUUCAUGAACAUCAUUAUGGCCUCCGAGAACUUUAGCAUAUUAUCAUCACUAGUGGAGGUGUUCGGGGUUGCCUGCGGCGCUGGAGCACAGAUUUUCAAUUUGAUCGACAAUGUACCAACCAUCAACCCGUUAUUAAACCAGGGUGUGGUCCCUGAUCAUGUUGAUGGGAGUAUUGAAUUGAAAAAUGUAGUUUUUCAUUAUCCUUCAAAACCGGACGUGCCCGUUCUGAAAGGCAUAAGUCUGAGUGUAAAACGCGGACAAUCGGUGGCUCUGGUUGGACAUUCUGGGUGUGGCAAGUCAACCAUCAUACAGCUGAUAUCGCGGUAUUACGAUGUCAUAGAUGGAAGUGUUUGCGUAGACGAUAAUGAUGUCCGCGAGUUAUCAGUGCGGUGGUUGCGUGAUCAGAUCGGUCUCGUGGGACAAGAGCCUGUGCUUUUCAACACUACCAUCAGAGAGAACAUCCGCUAUGGUCGCGAAAACGCUAAGGAUUCUGAGAUCGAAGCCUGCGCCAAACAAGCCAAUGCGCAUGAAUUCAUCAUAAAAUUACCUGCGGGAUACGAUACACUGGUAGGCGAGCGUGGAGCAUCCUUAUCAGGAGGACAAAAGCAACGAAUCGCAAUAGCGCGAGCACUCAUACGUAAUCCACAUAUUCUUCUUCUCGAUGAAGCUACUAGUGCACUUGACACAUCAUCUGAAGCUAAGGUGCAAAAAGCUCUUGACAAGGCACAAGAAGGGCGUACUACAAUUAUAGUUGCACAUAGACUAUCGACUAUAAGGAAUGUAGAUGUGAUAUACGUAUUUAAAAGUGGAGAAAUUCUAGAAUAUGGUAAUCAUGAUGAAUUGAUGAAAAAGAAAGGACAUUAUUAUGAUAUGGUAAUGAUACAAGCGCCACCUACAACAGAUGAAUAUAAAGAUAAACCACAAUACAGUCAUUCAAUGGAAACAAGUGAGAAAGACGAAGAUGAAAUUGUAGUACCCAAAACUAUUGUAAACAACGAGGUUGAAGAAACAGAAAGAGAUAUAUCCUUCUGGGAAGUAGUAAGACUUAAUUCUCCGGAAUGGAGAUCUAUUACCGUUGCCAGCGCCUGUUCAGUCAUUAGCGGCUUCGCAAUGCCAGUGUUAGCAGUUGUUUUUGGUGAUUUUGUGGGGGUAUUUUCCAAUCCAAACAGCGAUGAAGUAUUAUCUGAAGUACAAAGAUUCGUAAUUAUAUUUGUUAUUGCUGGAAUAUUUUCAGGGAUUGGUAAUUUCUGUACGGUUUACUUUUACGGUGUAGCUGGAGAGUACUUGACGGAGAGAUUGCGCAAACUUUUGUUUGGAAAACUUUUGCAACAAGAAGUAGCAUACUAUGACGACAAAAAUAAUUCCACAGGUGCACUUUGCGCAAAAUUAGCUGGAGAAGCUGCACAAGUUCAGGCUGCAACAGGGCAAAGAAUUGGCACCGUUUUACAGGCAGCAGGAACAUUCAUUUUUGCUCUAGUCCUUUCACUUUAUUUUGAAUGGCGUGUAGGAUUAGUUGCAUUCACUUCCGUUCCUUUGAUGGCUGCUAUCGUUUAUAAAGAAGGCAGAAUGGUGAGCGCUGAUUCCUUUGGAACUGCAAAGACUAUGGAAGCCAGUUCAAAGUUAGCUGUUGAGGCAGUUGCAAAUAUGCGCACAGUAGCAUCACUUGGCAAAGAAAAAAUGUUUCUAAAUAAAUACGCUGUAGAACUCUUGCCGGCUCUUAUAAUUGCUAAACGUUCCGCCCACUGGCGCGGGAUUGUAUUCGGUCUAUCAAGAGGUCUCUUUAAUUUCAUUUACGCAGCAGCCAUGUAUUAUGGAGGAAUACUUAUUGUAAACGAACAUAUUAAUUAUUCCAUUAUUAUCAAAUCAGUGGACUCACUUAUACUCGGCGUUGCAUCGGCAGCACAAGCUUUUGCCUUUGCUCCCAACUUUCAUAAAGGAAUAAAGGCAGCGGGACGUGUAAUAACAUUACUGAAACUACAGUCUAAAAUCACAGACCCACCGAUACCUGAACAAGGAUUUAAUUCUACCGGAUCCGCUACUUUACAAGGUGUAUAUUUCAAAUAUCCAACUAGGCCCAAUAUACAAGUUCUUAAAGAUAUGAACCUUACAAUAGAUCAGGGUCAAACACUAGCGCUGGUCGGAGCGAGCGGCUGUGGGAAAAGCACUGUUAUACAGCUCCUCCAGAGAUACUACGAUCCAGAUGUAGGAAUUGUGACACAAAGUGGUAUACCCUUACCGAAAUUAAGCCUAGCGGAUGCUAGACGAUCAAUAGGCUUCGUACAACAAGAGCCUAUACUGUUCGACCGGACUAUUGGUGAAAACAUUGCUUAUGGAGACAACUCGCGUCAACCGAGUAUGGAUGAAAUCAUUGAAGCUGCGAAACAAGCAAACAUUCACAACUUCAUUAAGUCAUUACCUUUAGGUUACGACUCAAGCAUUGGUUCGAAAGGGGCUCAAUUAUCUGGAGGACAAAAGCAGCGGGUGGCUAUAGCAAGGGCUUUGUUGAGAAAUCCUCAGAUACUGCUACUUGACGAAGCUACCAGUGCUCUGGACACAGAGAGUGAAAAGGUGGUGCAGGAGGCGUUGUCGGCUGCAAGCGCGGGUCGCACGUGCGUGACGAUCGCACACCGCCUGAGCACGGUGCGGGACGCAGACCGCAUCUGCGUGCUCAGCGACGGGCGACUGCACGAGGCUGGCAUGCACUCAGAACUUAUGCAACUCAAGGGGCUCUACUACAAUCUUUACAGGACUGGAAAUAGUUAACAUGAUAAAAAAAUCUCUUAGACAAACGUUUAACUCGAUCUUAUUACUUCAUAAAAAAAAUAUUUUUAUAAUUUCGAGAAUCAAAUUCUCUAGUUCCACUAAUUAUCCUACCAAAAUUGUAUUAUAUUUAUUAAUGGUAUAAUAUUACAACUUUUAGAUUUAAAAAAAAACGGAGUUUGUAAUAAUGUAAAACAUGACUUAUUAGCGAUAAUAAUAAAUGUAGGUAAGUUUCUUGAUUUUAAGUAUUUUUUUUACCUGUUAACUGU